CGCCUGCGCCAGAACCGCUCCCUCGCUCCCGGAAGUGAAGGGUCUACACGGAGCGCCGCUGGGUCUGGGUGCCGGGAGGCUGCAGCGCUCGCGGAGCUUGUCCGUCCGGCCCCGACCACCAUGUCGGCCUUCGAUACCAACCCCUUCGCGGACCCAGUGGACGUAAACCCCUUCCAGGAUCCCUCUGUGACCCAGCUGACGAAUGCCCCGCAGGGUAGCCUGGCUGAAUUCAACCCCUUUUCAGAGACAAAUGCAGCAACAACAGUUCCAGUCACACAGCUCCCUGGGUCCUCAGGACCAGCAGUUCUCCAGCCCUCCGUGGAACCAGCCCAGCCAACCCCGCAGCUCCUGCUUAGACAGGCCAGCAAGUUCCUGCCUACCAGGUUCCUGGCAGUGAGUGAGCGCUCAGAGAGGCAGAUGCUGCUAGGAGGAGAUAGUAUUCUCAGAAACAGCUACAUGCGAAAGCUUUCGAAGGCCGUAGCCUCUGCAGCCCAGGCAGGCCUGCUUCGGCAGCAGGAAGAGCUGGACAGGAAAGCUGCUGAGCUUGACCGCAAGGAGCGGGAGCUGCAGAACACUGUGGCCAACUUACGUGUGCGAGAAAACAACUGGCCGCCGCUACCCUCCUGGUGCCCUGUCAAGCCCUGCUUCUACCAGGAUUUCUCCACAGAGAUCCCUGCUGACUACCAGCGGAUAUGCAAGAUGCUCUACUAUCUCUGGAUGUUGCAUUCACUGACUCUGUUUCUGAACCUGCUUGCCUGCUUGGCCUGGUUCACAGCCAACACUUCGAAGGGAGUGGAGUUUGGCCUCUCGAUCUUGUGGUUUCUGAUCUUCACCCCCUGUGCCUUCCUUUGUUGGUACCGACCCAUCUAUAAGGCCUUUAGGUCGGACAACUCUUUCAGCUUCUUCGUGUUCUUCUUUGUAUUUUUUUGUCAAAUAGGGGUCUACAUCAUCCAGAUGAUCGGCCUUCCCAAUCUGGGGAAUAGCGGUUGGAUCGCAGCCCUGUCCACAACGGAGAAAGACAACUUACCCGUGUCGAUCAUCAUGUUAGUGGUGGCUGGCUUCUUCACCCUCUGUGCCGUGCUUGCACUCGUCCUCCUGAAGCGGGUGCACUCCCUGUACCGCCGAACAGGGGCCAGCUUUCAGCAGGCCCAAGCAGAGUUUUCCCAGGGCAUCUUCAGCAGCAGGACUUUCCGCAGCGCUGCCUCUUCUGCUGCCCAAGGAGCCUUCCAGGAGAAUUAGCCCUCUCGGCUCUGUCCUCCUUCUGCCCCAGCUUUUUCUCUCACCUGCCUUCUGAGCUGCACUUUCCGUGGGUGCCUUAUAUGAUGGUUAUGCCCAGCACAGACCUGAAGAGGGUCUUGCCAUGGCUCUUCUUCCUUCCUCAGCAGCCAGCUCUCCCUUACACCUGAGGGGAAGUGAGGGAGGAAGGGACUUAUUUUUUACACAAGAGAAAAGAAAAGAAAAAAAAAAAAAACUGGCUUGCUUUCUCUACAGGUGGUUUGGUAGGGCUCUGUUAUCUCUUUGGAAGCAGUGGGACUAAAGCCCCCCCCCCCAACACCACGUGGGAUAACUGGCUGCCCUGGCCGACCUCAGCCCCGGAGUCUUAUUUCUUCCAGAGUCCUGCCUCUCCACUUUUCCCUCUACAGGCCUAGCCUGAACCUGGCUCCACAGACCCAGCCUGUGGCGUUCACAGUCCUGCUCUUCUUUACUGCCCAGGCUGGGUAGCCUCUGAAGGGUGCCAUUAUAGAAGAGCUGCAGGCUGGACAGGUGGUCAGCUCUGUUCCCUGGAUUGCUCUAGGAUGGUCUCUGGGCUUCCAGAGCCUCUAGCCUGGCUGUCCAGCCUCACCUCUGCCCCAUUUUUCUCACAGAUUCAUAGUCCUUUAGGCCCCUGGCACCCACCUGGUGUGGGCAACACUUUGUGCCCUAGAGUCCUCUGGAGCCCUCUCUGAGCCCUUCCUGCUUCAGACUUACUGAAUAUGCAAUGGAGUUGAGAUUUAGGGAGUGGGAACGGGAGGGAUAGAGGACAUUGACCCCAUGAUGUUCUGCCCAGGAGGGUGGGGUCUUACUGUCUUGGUGUGGUUUCUUUGGCCUUGUUUGCUUUGACUGCCUCUCCUCUGAGGGACAGCUGCCAUUUGCCUUAGCGUCAGAUUCUUCCCCCUCACCCACCACCAUCAGCAAUAUCCAGCUUGUGUGACCCUUGGGGAGGGCAGGGUGAAUCAGCCCAUAACUGCACCCUUUAGGCUGGACUGACAAGCCACCUUUCUGAACGCUGCAGACGAAUCCUCCGAGGUCCCCCCACACCUCCAGUAGAGUCUAGGUCAUCUUUUACUCAUUUUGGGGACUCCCCAAGAGGUGUGUCACUGUGAUGCGAGCCUGAGAGCCCACGGUUAGAAGCUGCAUGGUGUGUGGACUGAGGGGCUUCCCAAAAAGUUAGCCAGCCCCUGCUUCUGGGGCCCGGGGCCCACCCACCCCGAGGCAGCCCUAAGGCUCCUAGCCCACCCAGCUGCAGAGCCAUUGAAUGAUGAUGACAGUGACCAAGGUUUUGUAAACUCCUUUCUGGUAUUUUUUUCUCCAUGUACAUAAAAAUGUGUAUGUUUUAUCUCAAUUUUUUGUGCUUAAAUAAAAACAUUUUCAGACAAGACUGGUCUUAAUGU